ACUGUUUCCGGCGUUGGAUCGCAGGCUGCUGAUGUUUCCAUGCUAGUUUGGUCUCUGAUUCUUCGUUCCGAUGGCAAACAGAACUGUUAAAGAUGCGAACAGUAUACACGGGACCAACCCGCAGUAUCUGGUGGAGAAAAUCAUCCGGACUCGAAUCUACGAGUCUAAAUACUGGAAGGAGGAGUGCUUCGGUCUGACCGCGGAGCUGGUUGUUGACAAAGCCAUGGAGUUGAAGUUUGUCGGGGGAGUUUUUGGGGGAAACAUCAAGCCCACCCCCUUCCUCUGCCUCACUCUGAAGAUGCUGCAGAUUCAACCCGAAAAAGACAUCAUCGUUGAGUUCAUUAAAAACGAGGAUUUCAAAUAUGUCCGUUUACUCGGCGCGAUGUACAUGAGGUUAACUGGCACCGCCGUGGACUGCUACAAAUACUUGGAGCCGCUGUACAACGAUUACAGGAAAGUCAAGAGUCAGAACCGAAACGGAGAGUUCGAGAUGAUGCACGUGGACGAGUUCAUCGACGAGCUCCUUCACGCAGAGAGGAUGUGUGACAUCAUUCUGCCUCGGCUUCAGAAGAGACACGUACUGGAGGAGGCCGAGCUCUUAGAGACACGAGUCAGCGCUCUAGAGGAAGACCUGGAUGAGGUGGAGACCAGCGAAGAUGAAGACGAGGAAGAAGAGAAGCCGGAGAGACUCCAGACCCCCGAGCCCCACAGACGCCGCGACGGUUACCGAGACAGCGACAGACCUCGCCGCUCUCCGUCACCUCGUUACAGACGCAGUCGCUCGCCCAGACGGAGGAGCAGAUCUCCAAAGAGACGAAGCCCGUCGCCCCGGAGAGACCGGCAUCGCAGCAAGAGCCCUCGCCGCCAUCGCAGCCGCUCCCGAGACAGACGCCACCGCUCCAAAUCCCCAGGUCACCACCGGAGCCACAGACAUCGCAGCCACUCAAAGUCCCCAGAGAGGAGUUCAAAAAAGAGUCACAAGAAGAGUCGAAGAGGAAACGAGUGAUCUCACGUCUACUUUUAUAUCUUGUCUUCCUUUUUUUUUGUACCUUUUGAUCUGUCAGAUCUUUGUUUCUUUUACAAGUAAUUUCAGUUGUAGAUGUCGGCCCACUGACCUGUCUGUAAGUUAUUACAAUGUAAAGGUUCGAGCAGCGUUUCAUAUCCGGUAUCUAAUCACUCCCAAACCCUCCGAGAGACAGUAAUCUAAUAUAACAGGGAUGCACCGAAUCCAGAUUUUUGGGGUUCGGCCGAAUACCGAAUCCACUGGUGAAGAUUCUGCCGAAUCUGAAACCAAAUACCGAAUACUCCUCCCAUCCUCAGUCCAUGAACACGGUAAACACAUGAAUGAAGUAAACAAGUCCACAGCCUCUAAAAUAGUUAAAUGUAACAACUUAACGUUGAUACCGCACGCUCUUUUCAAAUCGUAGGAAAGCACAUUGCUAUCACCAGCUGAGUGAGUAACCAGUGUAUGAUGAAGGCAUGUUGGGUGGGUGAAAUUAGAAAGCUAACGCUAGCUAACGAGCAGCAGCCGGCCGUUCAGUCGCUCCGCUCCCGCUGUAGGGAGACUCGUUUACCGAGAGAACAGCUGAUCGCCCGGGAGAGACACUGUCUGGGUAGCACCAGUCUUUAGCAGUGACUGUCCUUCCUUUGCCGUACCUGAAGUUGCUGCAUUCUGGCUGCUGUCUGGAGAUUCCUUCGUGCACAACU